CAAUUCAAAUAUUGUUCAAAUGUCUGAUUUUGAAAGUGUUUUGAGAGGCUUCCUACAUGGUUGCCAAAACUCUUAAAAUUUUCACGUGAGCAGAAAAUAGAUUAUUUCAUUUGGCUUUGCACUGUGUGCAAGGAUUGUCAGAUGGAGAGAAGGGGAAGGCAGAGGCACUGAUUCAUCACACAGAGGAGACGGAGCCUGUGUUGGGGGUCACCGCCCAGCCCAGCCGCUUACCAACGGGAACCUCAGGCCAGCCAGCCAGACUCUUGCCCUGCGUCCUCCUCUGUGUGGCAGGUUAAUGCUCACUCGCCUUAGCUGAGCACGGAGCUCAGCACCUAGAAAGUGCCCACCAACACUAGCUGUCAGAGCCUUUGUGACAACACUUGGAAAGUGGCCGGCGUAUCAAUGUUAAUUUUUCCAUAAAUGUCAUCUAAUGUUCCUGGGACCUCCGAGUGGAUUUUGGUUGGAUUUGAGGACAGCCUUUCUAAGAAUGGGUUGGACGUCUAUAUUAAGCAGACAGCACACUGAAGAGUCUGGUUUGACAGAUUGCUGAAUUCCGUGGAGGCGGACAGGUGUGGGAGGUGACAGCCCUGAGCCCUGAUGCUUGACUGGAUGGAGGCCAUCAGCUUCUAUUCCCAAAAGGCAGACACGUGGAACUUGGUCCCCAGCUGUGGGCAAGGCCAGAGUCAAGGCCCUCAGUGAAAUAAUCGUGCUCCUGACGAGGCCAGAAUGGGAAAGGAGUGACUUCCUGGGCUGGUGACCCCGGACCCCGCUCCAAUGACUGUUUUUGGAGUUCCUUGGGACCUAUCUGGAGUGAAGGCUAAAAUGUAGGAAGAUGGAGCUACCUGCAGUGCGUCCCCUUUCUCGGCCCCAGGAGACUCACCGUGACUUUGGGAGGCCAUUGAGCUCUGUCCUACUUUUGCUUAACCUCAGCCAAGCGCUGGCCUUGCCCUCCCGCUCUGGCUUCGGAGCUCCCCUGUGCAGAGGAAGCAAGUCUGAGGAGCCCCAAGGGUUUCUCCCUUAAGGGAAACUUGAGCAACCAAGCCGCCUCCCUCCCCUGUCCACCCUGCCAGCCCAGCCUGUCCGGAAUGAUCCCGCUAUGGCCAAGCUCUGGUUCAAAUUCCAGCGGUACUUCCGCAGGAAACCAGUGCGCUUCUUUACCUUCCUGGCUCUCUACCUGACCGCCGGGAGCCUCGUCUUCCUGCACUCUGGCUUCGUGGGUCAGCCUGCAGUCUCUCAGAACCAGGCCAACCCCGCCGUCGGAGGCCCUGCCGAGGGCGCUGAGCUGCCCUUCCUGGGAGACUUGCAUCUGGGCAGAGGCUUCCGCGACGCUGGUGAAGCCUCAAGCAUUGCCCGCAGGUACGGACCCUCGUUCAAGGGCAAGGACUCCGUGGACAGAGCCAAGCUGGGCGACUACGGUGGGGCCUGGAGCCGCGCCCUCAAGGGCAGGGUUGUCCGGGAGAAGGAGGAGGAGCGAGCCAAGUACAUCGGCUGCUACCUGGAUGACACCCGGAGUCGGGCCCUGAGAGGUGUGUCCUUCUUUGACUACAAAAAGAUGACCAUCUUCCGUUGCCAGGACAACUGUGCGGAAAGGGGUUACCUGUACGCCGGGCUGGAGUUCGGCGCCGAGUGCUACUGCGGCCACAAGAUCCAGGCAGCCAACGUGAGCGAGGCCGAGUGUGACAUGGAGUGCAAGGGCGAGCGUGGCAGUGUGUGCGGCGGGGCCAAUCGCCUGUCUGUCUACCGGCUGCAGCUGGCCCAGGAGUCAGCCCGCAGGUAUGGAAGUGCAGUGUUCCGAGGCUGCUUCCGCAGGCCCGACAACCUCUCCCUGGCCUUGCCUGUGACGGCCGCCAUGCCGAACAUGUCUGUGGACAAGUGUGUAGACUUCUGCACGGAGAAGGAGUACCCGCUGGCGGCUCUCGCAGGCAUCGCCUGCCACUGUGGGUUUCCCACCACGCGAUUUCCCCUCCACGAGAGAGAAGACGAGCAGCUCUGUGCCCAGAAGUGCAGCGCAGAAGAGUUUGAAAGCUGCGGGACCCCCAGCUACUUCAUUGUGUACCAGACGCAGGUGCAAGACAACCGCUGCAUGGACAGAAGGUUCCUUCCUGCCAAGUCCAGGCAGCUCAUAGCUCUGGCCAGCUUCCCGGGUGCCGGCAACACGUGGGCCCGGCACCUCAUCGAGCUGGCCACUGGCUUCUACACAGGCAGCUACUACUUUGAUGGUUCCCUGUACAACAAAGGGUUCAAAGGUGAGCGGGAUCACUGGCGCAGCGGGCGGACCAUCUGCAUCAAGACCCACGAGAGCGGACAGAAGGAGAUCGAGGCCUUCGACGCCGCCAUCCUGCUCAUCCGCAACCCCUACAAGGCGCUCAUGGCUGAGUUCAACCGCAAGUACGGUGGACACAUAGGUUUUGCGGCGCAUGCGCACUGGAAGGGCAAAGAGUGGCCCGAGUUCGUGCGCAACUACGCCCCCUGGUGGGCCACGCACACGCUGGACUGGCUCAAGUUCGGCCGGAAGGUGUUGGUGGUGCACUUCGAGGACCUGAAGCGGGACCUCUUCGCGCAGCUGGGCCGCAUGGUCAGCCUGCUGGGCGUGGCCGUCAGGGAGGACCGGCUGCUGUGCGUGGAGAGCCAGAAGGACGGGAACUUCAAGCGCUCGGGGCUCCGCAAGCUGGAGUACGACCCCUACACCGCUGACAUGCAGAAGAGCAUCUCGGCCUACAUCAAGCUGGUGGACGCGGCCCUCAAAGGGCGCAAUCUCACGGGCGUGCCCGACGACUACUACCCGAGAUGAUGCCUCGGCCGGGGGAGGGGCGGAGGCCUGAGCACGCCCUGGUGACCCUCACUGACCUGUGCUGUCUUUGGUUUGGGGACCGUCCAUCCCCCUGGCUGCUGUGGCCUUCGGCGAGUUUCCUGCAUGACAGAGGAGGCUCGAGGGAAGAGAUCGUCCAGGCGCGCCCACCCUGCUCUCCACUGCUUCCCCCAGGAAAUACCGGCCACCUGGUUUGGGGAGUUCUGGCCACAUGGACCCUGUCCUCUCCCACACCCACCUGCCCUUAUGUCCCUGUCCACCACUCUGCGUUCCCCUGGUGGGAGGGAAGGCUCUUUAUUGUCACGAGGCAUGCUGGGCCCUGCCCACUCCCAGGAGCAGAUGUUGAGGACCCAUGUGACAGCUCUGGGGUACCCCUGGGGACUGUGGUGUGCCACCCCGUUCCUUCUCUGCUCAGGAGACCCUGGCACUGUCUCCAUCUCAGGCCACCCUCUGUUGGGAAGAAAGAUUACUGAUGUGUCCUCUGGGCCUUGGAUGCCUGACACUCUGAGUAGAGUGGGCAGACAGCUGUGCUCACAGUAGGUGGACUGGCACCACCCCCUGGUUUCCCUGGCCACACUGCAGCUGAAGAGACAGCUGGUGGCCUUUCCACUCUAGGGUUCUGAUCCUACGCUGUUCUCCCCCCCCGUGUCUAGGAGGUGACCUUGGAUGUCUUUCAUUUCACUCCCAGGGUUCCUUGGGCAGCAUCCGCUAACCCCACAGCAUGCCGUGCCCAGAAUUUGGUAAGCGUUAGAGCCCCAGGGACACAUCUGUCCAUUGUGGGUUCCAACACAUCGAUCUCACACUGCCCUCCUGACCCUACCAGCGGGUCCUUUGCUAUUCAGCUGAGAGAGCAAGAAUGAUCCAAAACAGGUAGAACCAAACCCAAAAAGAGACCCCCACUACCUUCCUAGACCCCCAGCCUCCGUUCUUCAGAGCCUGACAGGACCAGCUUCCCCUCAGGGCCCGUCCAGGACUGGGGCUGAAGAAUAGUUCAUCGUUUCCAUUGUAACGCUGCUCUCUUGAUGCUGAGACAACAAACCAAAGGAUUUCUGAAGACCUGAGUCACUGACCAUCUGUUCUAAAGCAUUGACCCAGGACCCCGUUCUGUCCCCGUAUCGUGGAUCCCAGUGGCUCCACACCCAGCCCACGCUUCACCACCCCCACCCUGUAGAUGCAAAAGCCAUAGGUCACAGCCUCUUUGCUCUUCUGUCUGGAGUGCCUCCCAAGUAAACGCUCAUCCCCAAAGAGCAAAGGGACGAUGGAGAAGGCGAGUGAAAAGAGUAUAUUUUUUUAAGAGGACUAACCAAUGACCAGUACAUUCCACCCCCUGAGGCCCUGGCCGUGCAAAGAGAAGGCAUGAGAAGUGGACCCGAGCUACCCUUCUCCAGGUUCCCCUGUCUAAAGAAUCUGGACCACCCAUGACUCAGCCCAUGGGCUCUGAAUGUAUUUUGUACCAUGUUUCUUUCCCCCAGCUGAUUUCUAGUCUUUGAUGAAGCCGAAGAGGGCCUGGCCUCCCUUCUCCCAGGGAGGCCCGCUCUCUCUGGAAGACUCUUGGUCCAACACCUGGGCCAGUUCUUUGCUGGUGGUCUCCUCUGGCCACGGGCUUGUGUCUGAAGAUUCCUCAGGUCAACACUAUCAUUAAAUUCAAGUUUUGUUGAUAA